AAAGAAUAAGGUAUCAUGAUAAAAUGUUUGGUGCUGUUACUCUUCCAAAUAGCAGUACUGCUUUCACCUCUAAGUUCCGGAAACAAAUACACAGUUGAUGGAGCAUACGAAUAUUCGAUACCAUACGACUACUCGAUCGGAGAAUAUUACGGAAUAAGCGCACCUAAAUGUGGAAAAGAAAUCAAACAACUGGACGUAUUAAAAGUGAAGAAGCCAAACCAGAUCCGUAUUUCAUACACAGGGGAUCCCACAGAGAUGGCUAUAACCUGGACAACCAACUCUGUGAACCACUUCAAUGUGGUGAACUACGGGAUAAUGGAAGCAGACCUGAACUACACAUCCACUUCCAUCUCUCAUCAGUUUAAAUGGCAUUGGGACGAGGAAGAGGCUAAAUGGAUCUACAUCAGUGGCUUCAUACACGAGUGUUUGAUGGUUAACUUGAUGCCCGGCAGGAUUCACUUUUACCAGAUAUCAAGUAACGGUGAAUCGUCUCAAAUCCUGAAGUUUGUAGCCGCCCCUGAACCUGGGUCACGAGCUCCAUUAUCAUUUCUACACACCGGGGAUGUAGGAACAUUCGGGACCUCCGUCAUGAUCACCAAGAACAUGAUGAACAGACAGGAGAAGAAACAGUAUCACGGAAUCCUGCACUGUGGGGAUGUUUCAUAUGCUAACAAGUUUAACAAGACAAGACCAAGGAGAGCUGCCCAGCAUGUCUGGGACACUUGGGGCCAGAUGGCGGAACCUAUUGCCAGCAAGAUGGCUUACAUGGUUUCUCCGGGGAACCACGAAGUAGACGAGUUUGAGAGUGCGUUUGAAAAUGGGACGAUAUAUUCUAAGAGGUUCAUCAUGCCAGGCAAUGAACAUUACUUCUCGUUUGGAGUUGGGAUGGUUCACUUUGUGUCAGUUUCCACAGACGAAAACAUCGACCCGAGUUCAACGCAAGGAGUCUGGCUGGACAGAACUCUGGCUAAGAUCAACAAACAAAGGAAUCUUUGGCCAUGGGUUGUGGUGUUCCAACACAGACCGAUCUACAACUCAAACAAGAACCAUGGUAAUUGGAGCGGCUCUAAUAAUUACACUUACGAUGGAUAUGAUUGGGAGCUGCCCACAUAUGAGGGAUGGCCUGAUGAUUACGAAGCUCUAAUUUUAAAACACAAAGUAGAUCUGGUUCUUACAGGACACGUGCAUCACUACGAACGAACCUGGCCUGUGAAAAACCGAGAUGAGGUCACCAAAUCUUACGAAAACGUGACGUCACCAGUCCACAUUACAUGCGGACACGGAGGAAAGGGUCUUUAUGCGGUUGUGUGGGAUUCUAACGGCCGGAAUACGUACGGACCACACCAACCAGCGUUUUCAGCAGCAAGGGACAACAUGAACUGGGGGCACUGUGAGUUGGACUUUAUAGAUGAAAGGACAGUGAGACAUACUAUGUUUAGGAUGGGUGAGAGUGAGGUUCCAACCGAGGAUGUUCUUAUAACCAAAGCUGCUGGGGGAGGUGGUGCAGCGAAGGUGGGAUUCAGUUUGGGAUUAUUGAUUGGGUGCUUUAUAUUCUGGAGUUGAAGAAACUUGGUUGGGUUUUACCCACCAAAUUGAUAUUUUAAAUUUAAUCUUUCUUCGUCAGUUUAGUUGCAUUUUAUGCAACAAAGUUUUAAGUUUCGAAUGAAUCGUGACCCCCUUGUUUAUUUUAUACCGUCUCGUGACUCUUGAAUUUUAGUUUGAUGUAUGUAAACUGUAAGUGUUUAUAAUUUCUGAUAUUCGAGCUUUUCAUUUAAAAAACAAUUCCUUCGUAUUAUUGAGCCAGGGUGUGGACUGGCUGCACCUGGUUAAAACAUUUCCGGAUUUCCAUUCCAUUACGUCAUAAUGAUACUGAAAUAUAAUAAAAUUAUAGUAAAAUAUGUAAUAUAAUAUUGUUAUUCUGUAUAAUUAUAAAUCUGACACAUUUUUUUGAAUG